AUGCAUGAACAGAAAAAAUACGCCAAGCUCGGUUUCUAUAUUGAUACUUGCGACUCAGGAAUGAUGUUUAUUGUAUUUAUUAAUUUGUAUUUACCAGGUUCAUAUUUUGCCGAUUUUUGGUUGAGUAAUGACGAGACAAACAAUCUGGAAAAGGAAACCCUUGACCAACAAUACGAUGAUUUGGUUGCUAAGACCGUGAAAGUUCAGCAUGCACAACAUUAUGGUGAUCUAAGCAUGGGUAAAUUGCACGUUGCUGAAUUUUUAGGUCAUAAGUCUGAGGAUGUGUUGCUUGAACGUGAUAAUACAUAUGUGCAAAAUAAUGAAACAGUAAGCAAAUGGGAUGUGGAGUUGAGUUUAGUACAAAAACGUAUUAAUGCUGCCACAGAGACCAACGAGAAAUUAGGCGUAUAUGGCAAAUACGCCACUUGCCCCGAUGAUGUCCCCAUUAAAUCACCAUGCUCAUACUUUGAUUCUCCAAAAAGUUGCGAUAUUCUUUGCUCGGGAAACGAAAACUUUGAUAUAAAGGCAACACUCGAAGACUUGAGCCAUAGGCUACCCAUUGAUAAGAAACAAUUUCGUCGACUCGAGUUAAGUAACAAAGUUAUAGAGCAAUUGCCGGCCAACACGUUCAGUGGCCUACAAUUUAGCCAGAUUUAUAUCAACGGUGCGAUUAAUCUAAAGCGUAUACACAACGAGGCGUUUAAUGGCACGGCAUCGACAAUAACCUACGUGUAUAUUAAAGCUCCGGUCACUGAAACGGCCACAAAUGACUCGGUUUUGUUCGGCGCUAUCAACGCGUUAAAGGGUUUGCAAACAUUGUACCUGGUAGGGACGGGUGUAAAGACCCUACCCACGCGCAUGUUAUCUGGUUUAACUAAUUUGCGUUCGGUUACCAUGCACAAUAAUCCACUAAAGUUGAUAUAUCCCAACGCGUUCGACAAUUUACCCUCACUUAGAGCCGUGGAAUUCUACAACAGCCCAAUAGAUUACGUGUCCGAACACGCCUUCACUGUCGGUUGCAAUACAUCGGCACAACAUUUAGCGAUAUAUUUUAGGCCUCAAUUGAUAGACUCGUUCGACAGCCGGGCGUUUGAGUCGAUCGGUUGCCAAACAAAUAUACAUUUGAUGUCCGGUUCAAUGAAAUACUUGAAUCGCAAUGUAUUUGAAGUGUUUUUGAAUGACAAUACUUUGAAUGCUGUGUUCGAUACUGACAUCGAUUGCGCCGAUAGUCGUAACCAAUGGAUUAAAGACAAGUAUCCGCGAGAGUGGCAACACUUGGACUGCAAAUAA